GUCCGACUUUAUCCAAGGAAGCCAACAAGGUGCACGCUCGAACGGUAGCUUUGCUAUAGUUAUUCAUGGGGCAGAUCUCACAAAGUUACCCAGUAUUUACGUCACUGUUGAGCGCACCGAGUCGUCAUCGUGCCGAUGACAUAAUUGACCCUGCAGAUCUGUAACUCGAAAGCGAUAUAAGCUUCAGAUCUCGUCGGCCACAUCUCUCUCGAAUUACUGUUCCCCAGGCUCAUUAAAUCAACUCUCAUCGUCUGAUCGAAAAAAAUCAACUUCAACCGGCAGCCAAUUGAAAACUGCGCCUUAGCAGCUCAUAGGCUCACACACCAUCACAAUGUCAGACCCCCAUCCCCAAGGCGGCAACCUCUUCGACAUGGCCAAGGACGGCACCAAAGUCCCAGAAGAUGCCGCGAAGCCAAACGUCAUCCCGUCCGUGGCCAGGCCCGACCAGAGGGGCGAUCAGGCCGGCGCCGGCGGUCUCGGCAGCGCGACGCUGCACCAGGCCGCCGACAACGCACUGAGCGGCUCGGGACAGGGCGAGAUCAUAAGCGCGGGAGGGGCGCUGCCCGAGGAUGUCGGCGGGAAGUACAGCAGGGACGGGGGCAAGCAGCGGGGGCAGCAGCAGACUACGCCGCAUGGGGGACGGAACCAGCCUUCUCACUGAGAGGUCUGGACUCUGUAUUGUAUGAUAUUUUGUGUGUGUGAGGUUAGCCCAGUAAUAACGCCAUCUUCCCAACUUUGAAGGUCUUAAAAGAGUUUCACAACUUUCCAUAUCGGUGGUGGAGUCCCGGGUGUUAUAGUGGACAGCACCGACCUGUGACGUCAAGAAUUGAGGGAACA